AUGAGAGCCCUGACCUUGAACCCUAUCAAACACUUGAGUAUCAUAACCGUCAUACGCCACAACGGUUUUCUGAACUUCAACUUCCACUGCACCUCCAUUUCCACAUCCUCUACAGAACCACUGGAACUCAUCCAAAGCAAGGCCACCAACCAGAUAGCCCUCGGUCUCUCUUUGGGCUUGCGAAAAUGCACCAACCUGUGCGCUGUCAAGCAAGCCCAUGCAAAGGCCUUUGCUUGUGGGAUCCAACAUGACACACAUUUAUCAACCAAAAUCGCCAUCUUGUAUGUUUCAUUUCAUAAAGUUGACGCCGCAAAUAGUGUAUUCGAAUCUAUACCCAACCCAUGUAGCUACCUUUGGAAUUAUAUGAUAAGGGGGUAUGCCACUGAGGGCCACUUCGGCCGGUCUUUGGGGCUGUACAAUGAGAUGAUGCAAAAGGGUCUAAGACCCGACAAUUUUGCGUUUCCUUUCGUGCUUAAAUCUUGUGCAGGAUUGUCUAAUUUGGAGCUGGGGAAGUUGGUUCACCAGCACUCGGUUUGCUGUGGGUGCAGCAAUGAUCGAUUUGUUAAUGUUGCUUUGGUCGACAUGUAUGCCAAGUGUGGUGAAGUUGAAACUGCACGGUUAGUGUUUGAUAAAAUGACCGUGAGGGAUUUGGUUUCUUGGACUUCCAUGAUAUCUGGGUAUGGCCACAAUGGUUAUAACAGUGAGACACUUGAGUUUUUCGAUUUGAUGCGGGGUUCGGGGGUAAAAGCCAACCGGGUAAGUCUUUUGAGUGUUCUUCUAGCUUGUGGUAGUCUAGGAGCUUUGAGGAAAGGCGAAUGGUUUCAUAAUUAUGUAAUCCAAACUGGUUUUGAGUGUGAUGUCCUGGUUGUCACAGCUCUAAUGGAUAUGUAUGCGAAGUGUGGGAGUUUGGAUUUGGCUCGUAGUUUAUUUGAUGAAGCAGCGGGGAAAGAUGCUGUUUGCUGGAGUGCGAUGAUUGCGUGCUAUGGACUUCAUGGGGAUGGAAGGAAGGCAGUUGAUCUUUUUGAUGAAAUGGUAAAAACGGGAGUGAGGCCAAACCAUGUGACAUUCACCAGCGUCCUUUCAGCUUGCAGUCACUCAGGCUUGCUAGAAGAAGGUAAGAGGUACUUCGAAUUGAUGGAAGAGGUGUUUGGGAUUCCACCGAAACUCAAUCAUUUUUCAUGUAUGGUAGAUCUUCUUGGCCGUGCAGGACGACUAUAUGAAGCAAAAACCCUUAUAGAGAAUAUGCCAGUUAAACCCGAUGCAAUUAUAUGGGGAUCUCUACUUGGUGCAUGCCGAGUAUAUAGAAAUCUGGAUUUAGCUGAGAGAGUUGCAGAUAUUAUUUUUCAAUUGGACCACUUUCAGUCUGGCUAUCAUGUUCUACUCUCUAACAUCUAUGCAGCUAAAUCUAGAUGGAAUAAAGCAGAGAUGGUGAGGAACAUGAUGGCUAGAAGAGGAGCCAAUAAGAUUCAGGGUUUUAGUUUGAUCGAGUUUGAUAAUACGGUUCAUAAAUUCGGUGUAGGAGACCGGUCUCAUCCUCAAUCAGAUAGGAUUUAUCCCAAGCUUGAGGAGCUGGCUGCAAAGAUGAAACGCUUGGGUUAUGUUCCCUCCACAGAUUUUGUCCUUCAUGAUAUUGAAGAGGAAGGAAAAGAAGAGGCUCUUUCUUACCACAGUGAGAGGCUGGCUAUUGCAUUUGGCCUCAUUAACACCAGCCCAGGGACACCAAUUCGUGUCACAAAGAAUCUAAGGAUAUGUGGAGAUUGUCAUAAUGCUUUUAAGUUUAUUGCCAAGAUUGAAAAGCGGCUCAUCAUUGUAAGGGACAUGCAUCGGUUCCACCAUUUUGAGGAUGGAGCUUGUUCUUGUAGGGAUUACUGGUAAAAGAAUGAAAUUCCAAUGCUGACUGAAGACACUAGCUAGAUCUGUAAGUAUUAAAGGAUGCAUGUGGAAGGAGAAAAAAAGAAGAAGCAAAUAUAUGAAGGUGAAGCAAGUUAGCUGUUCAUCUAGCAUUAUAAGUAUUUGAAACAAAUAGAUCAUCUAAAGACGAAGCACAUGUAUUAAUGCUUCCAUAUUUGGAUUAUAAAGGGCAAAUAUGGUUUUUUAA